AUGGCCAUCUUCAAAGACCCAGGGCCGCCACGGUCCGAUGCUCGCACCCACGCCCAAUACUCUCCCGCCGAGCGUGAGCGUCUCAUCCAGCCAUACCUCCCCGAGCCACGGAUCCCUCCAGCGCGCAGUCGAUCCCGCAAGUCCAGACCCAAGCCGAUCCGCACGUUUCUCAAAAACAAGCUCUACUACUUUGUCUAUUUCGUGAUCCAUAUCUUCUUCAGCAUCUACAUUCGUUUGCGACAAAGCUAUCAUGCGGUGGUGGACAGGGUGUUGGCUAUUUGUUAUUACCACCAUCGCACGCCAGAGUUGAUCCGGAAGGAUGUGAGGGAGCUGGACAGGCUGCCGGAGCAUCUAAGCGCGGUAUUGACGAUGAGGAAGGACGAAGAAGGGCUGGAAAUACUGAUGGAUGAGGUUGCGGAGCUGGUGGCCUGGAGCAGUUGUGUGGGCAUUCCUAUGCUCAGUGUGUAUGAGAAAACGGGAGCAUUGAAAUUCUAUAUCCCGGCCCUCCAUAAAAUAAUCACCGCUAAAUUGGCUUCCUACUAUGGCCCUUCUUCCCACCAGCCCACCCUUCGCCUCUUCGCUCCUCACCACCCUCUCUGCUCCCCAGAGCCACCCUCUCCCAACGCCGGUCCAAAAACGAACCUCGACACCAUAACCGUCCUCCUCCUGUCCUCCUCCGACGGCCGCGAAACCCUGGUCGACCUCACAAAGACCCUCGCCGAAAUGGCCCAAAACGGCAAAAUCUCACCCCAGGAUAUCAGCACGAAGCUGAUCGACGCCGAGCUCUCCGAUAUGAUGACGACGCCCACGUCCCCGCCACAUCAAAGUCCUGAAGUUGAGUCGAGCGACACUGACGAGACCACUGUCGAGAGAGAUGUGCCUCCGUCCGGCGGUGGGCCGGUGAUGAAAGCGGAGCCAGAUUUGUUACUUAUAUUCGGCCCAUAUGUUAAAUUGGACGGGUAUCCGCCCUGGCAGAUUCGACUGACGGAGAUAUUCUGUACGGGGGAUAAUAGUAGCAGUAUCAUGGGCGAUGGCGGGGAGGCUGUGGAAUACCAAAGGUUUCUCCAGGGGUUAUGGAGGUUUGCCAAAGCCGAGUUUAGAUUUGGCCGAUGA